AUUGAUCUCUUACAAGAUCUCAUCUAGCUCAAUUGUGUUAUGUGGUUUUGGGUAUUGUAGAUUUCUGUCUAGUUUUUCUUUUGUUGUUGUUGUGGUGAAGAUGUCUUGCUGUGGUGGAAAUUGUGGGUGUGGUGCCAACUGCAGCUGCGGCAAUGGCUGUGGAGGGUGCAAGGCCUUCCCAGAGAAGGUUGUGGAGGCCCCUCUGUUUGCUGCCACUGCUUCUGAUAUGGAGUAUUAUGAAGAAAUGAGUGUGGCAGGGGAGAAUGGAUGCAAAUGUGCAGGUGGGUGUAAGUGUGGAGACAACUGCACCUGCAAUCCUUGCAACUGCAAAUGAUAGCUUAUCAUUUGCUAAUGUCUGUGUGACAAGCUUAUCAUAUAAUAGUUGGAAUGUUAUGUUGUAAUAAAUAAACUAUGUUGUUGUACUCAUGUGUGUGGAAGGGUUGUUUAAGACAGAUAUAAGUUCCAUGUGAUUAAUGAUGACCUGCCUGUAUGGAAGUUGUGAAGACAAGCAAAUCUGUAUGUGGGUUUUAGAUUAAUGAAAUUAAUGCUGAUAAAUUAUUAUCUUAA